AUGUACGCUAAGAAAUUCAUUGGCGCCAUGAGGGCAUGUGUUCAACGCAUGAGUACUUCAUUCCCUCCUGUCCAACCCAAUGGCGACCUCCUACUCCACCCAAAUGUUGCACUCUACCAGAAUAUUAACACACAAUUCUGCUCCACCCAAUCAGAAAUCGAAGUUCUUUGGCAGACCAUAACCGCGUCUAUCAAAUCUUCGUCCAGCCCUGACCAAGUCCCGAGGGAGAAUGCCCGUGAGCAAGUUCUCGAAUCCAAUAUCUCAUCAUCUUCCAAUGACACAGAUUCUGAAGUCAACCAGGCAGCUGCUUCUUCAGAACCACUACAUUGCCCAGCACACGACACCGCCGGAGCGCUUGGCCGUCUUGAGCGCUCGAACGUAGCUGGUGGCAAAAUCUCCUCGGGUCUCCACAGCACUACGGACCAUACCACAACCAAUUCAAAGGAUAGUGGCAAGUUUGUCCAAGCUGUGCCAUCUGAAAAGGCCCGCACAGAAACAAGGUUGCACGAUAUGGUCGAGGCGUCCAUAUCGCUGAACAAGGUUCCCAAAGACUUGUGCAAAUCCACCGCAAACUCAGGAGGCACGUUUGCAGACCCAGUAGCAACAUCGUUCAAGAAACGAAAGAUCGAUGACCACCAUGAUAUACUAGCUGUGAAGAAGCAGCGUACUGACCCGAGACGCUCUGGGGUUGAGAAGACAUUGCCACCACCUCCCUCUCCCGAACCCAAGGCAACCACAACGCAGAAGAGGAGCAAAGAGGAUGAUGAACAGCCAGAACCAAGCCGAAAGAGACAAUGCACUUCAUCCUCCAGAGAUGUUGGAAAGCUUGGUAGAUUUGAUGCUGCACUUCUGGAUCCAGCCCUGUUCGCUUCAUUUCCAUCGUCGGAACUGUCUUCGAUUAUGCCUGUUAAUCCAGCCCCAGCGGAGGAGAUCACGCUCAAUCCUCCAUAUCCUGACAACCUUGACUCAAUAUCGCCGACUCCUGACCAUCAGCUACCCGUCACUCAGCAGACAGAUAUUUUUGCACAUAUACCAGGUCUGGGUCGCCUACCCAAGGUCCAAGACCAGACGCAAGCUGUGCCAACUAGCUUGGCAACUAUACAGAACGACAAGCCGCAAGAUUUUGAUGAAUAUCUAUUGCCCCUCUUCGAACAACAGUAUCACUUUGACAGUGAUUUCGGCUGCACGGAACCCGUACAGGGAUUAACUGCAGAGUAUUUUGAUGAGGGUGUCUCAGCAUUCGCAGCUUUCCCAGAAGUCUACCCCGUUUCCAGCCCUGAUCUGGAAGCAGCUUCGCAUCAGACGGACUAUCUAGGAAUAUAUCCAUCACCUCCUCCAAUGGUCCACCAAGCCGCUGACCACUUUACUUAUCUAGAGCCAGAGCCGAGCCUGUAUCAGGAGCAGGCAUCAAACUAUCCAGUAGCACCUGUUGCUGCGCUAUAUCGGGGAAACCGCCGUGUUGGAAGCGAGUAUCACUGCCACAAUCCAGAUGCUUCGCCUACAAUCGACCCUCAGUUACUCAACGGCAGUAGCCCCAGUGAGAGUCAAUCUAAAAACCUUUCUUUUUCCCAGUCUCCUCUAUGUGGCGAAGCCUCUCUAUUGUCGUAUCUUCAAGCUCCCAGCACCAGAAAAGGCCACUCAGCAAAGUCUGCCGGAAGAAAGUCAGGUCUUCCAAGAUACGCGACAUUAUUUGAGCCGGUAUCUUCUAUCCGAUUAGGAAAUAAACUGGCAAUACCUCGCAUCUUAAAAGACCAAGUCUCACCCUUAUCGCCGAUAUCCUCCCGCACACCAAGAUCUCCUAUAGAUGAUGAUUUUGAUGAAGACGACUUCCGCACAUCUACCACUGAUAUCAGCCCGGGAGAGAUGCGAUUAAUGAAAGAUAAGGUACUUGGAAAGUAUCGAGUCAGCAGUAACAAGAAAUGUCCUCCUUCUUCGAGACUCAGAAAAUGCGUGACAGUCAUUCCUGAGCAGGAGAAGUGGUUCAUGCAGGAGCUUGAGCAUGACCUUGAGCAAGGAUUGAAGGCAGAGAAUGAGAAGCAGUCUCAUAGUGAGAUGAAUCGUAAGAGAUACUGUGAUGAUGACGAAGAUAAGCGUUCUGCCAGGCGGAGCAGAUUGUUCCGAGGAGUUUGA